AUGCGGGGGGCUCCCCGCCUCCAGGCGCUGCUCCUGCUGCUUCGAGGCGUGGCUGGGACGCUGGAGUCUGCAGCCUGCGGGCAGCCCCGCGUGUCCAGCCGGAUUGUAGGGGGCCGGGACGCGCGGGCCGGAGAGUGGCCGUGGCAGGCGAGCGUCCAGCGCCGCGGGGCGCACGUGUGCGGGGGCGCGCUGGUCGCCCCGCAGUGGGUGCUGACGGCGGCGCACUGCCUCCGGAGGCAGGCGCCCGUGUCCGAGUACCGCGUGCUCCUCGGGGCGCUGCGCCUGGGCUGGGCCUCGCCCCGCGCGCUCUCGGUGCCGGUGCGGAGGGCGCUGCUGCACCCCGACUUCUCCGAGGACGGGGCCCGCGGGGACCUGGCGCUGCUCCAGCUGCGCCGCCCCGCGCCCCUGAGCGCCCGCGUCCAGCCGGUGUGCCUGCCCGAGCCCGGGGCCCGCCCGCCCCCCGGGGCUCCGUGCUGGGUCACCGGCUGGGGCAGCCUCCGCCCGGGAGUGUCACUCCCGGCGUGGCGGCCUCUCCAGGGAGUCAGGGUGCCCUUGGUGGACGCGGGCACCUGUGACCGCCUCUACCACGUGGGCACCAGCGUGCCCCGGGCCCAGCAAAUAGUGCUGCCAGGGAACCUGUGCGCCGGCUACCCCCAGGGCCGCAAGGAUGCCUGCCAGGGUGACUCUGGGGGACCCCUGACCUGCUUGGAGUCUGGGCGCUGGGUCCUGGUGGGCGUGGUGAGCUGGGGCAAGGGCUGUGCUCUGCCCUACCGGCCGGGCGUCUAUACCAAUGUCGCCACGUACAGCAGCUGGAUCCAGGCUCGCCUUGGCCACUGA